AUGACAGGCUGGAAGGAGGAGGAGCAAAAGUACAAACUCAUCAAAAGGCGGCCCGACGUGCGAGUUCACUUUGAAACUGGCAAGAGCGAGGACUUUACAUUUGUGCAGGCGUCUUACCUUGCCUUGAAGCACCACAAGGACAUUCAGGCAAUUUUCCGGAGAGAUGCGCACACGGAUCAGAUGACAUUCCGAAAGCAAAAGCUCGAAGCUCACCAUCCUGGACGAUUGCAGGGUCUUUGCGACAUGCCAGGCAUCAAGCUGUUGGGCGAAAUCCAUCCCAAUGACAUCCGCCAGGGGAAGGUGGGCGACUGCUGGCUUCUGUCGGCCAUCUCUGCCCUGUCGGAGUUCCCCGGGGCCGUGAGCAAGCUCUUCAACAAGACGGGGAACAUGUUGCAGCUCAGGGACUUGCCGGCGGACGAGCCAAGGAUGUACACAGUGACACUUUAUGAUCCGAAAACACUGGACCCCGUGGACACUGAGGUGGAUGAGCGGCUUUGCGUUCAGACUGAUGGCUCCCUCCUAGGAGCUAGGCCCGGUUUGAACGGCUCCCUGUGGCCUUGUUAUGUGGAGAAGGCGGUCGCUAUCCUCUGCGGUGGUUGGGACGAGAUUGUGGGAGGGGAUUGCUGCAAGGGAUGGAGGAUGCUCACAGGCUGCAAUGACCUUUAUGAAUUCAGGGGCAUGAGCAAGAUGUGGAGAUGCUUGCGCAGCACGGUCAGUCAAACAAUGGUGGAGAGCGACUGGCCCGACGUUGGUGGAGGAGGUAGCGCAGGUUCUCGAUGCAAUGAGGCUGAGAUGUUCGAGCGCAUGUGCGUCUGGGAUGCCGAGGACUUCAUCAUGGGAGCUGCCACGGAGGGUUCUUCGGAUCGUAAUCUCAAAGAUGGGAUCGUUGACAAUCAUGGCUACACCGUGAUCUCUUGCCUGCAGCGUGUCGCCGGUACAGAGCAUGAUCUCAUCAAAAUUCGCAAUCCGUGGGGCAAGACAGAGUUCACGAAAGGGGUUUGGCGUGAUGGCGGCCCUGGCUGGAGGCAGAAUCCGAAGGUCUUUGAGACGUGCAAGCCUGACACUGCCAACGAUGGAGUGUUCUGGAUGAGCCGUGAUGAGUUCUUUCAGUAUUUCAAGACAUUCUACCUCUGCGCUAAGAGCAUGACAGACUUCAAGCAGGUGGCUCGGGAGGCACAAACCGCAAUGUGA